AUCUCUCUGAAAAAAACGAAAUCUAUUGCCAAGUUGAACGAUCUGCUUGCCAAUCUUAGUCAUCAUCCCCCAAGCAUGGCAACUUCAUCCAUGCUUUAUAACCCACUUCCCAUCACUCGAUCCAACAAGAAGAGAUCACUAUCCAUCGCUCGCGCCCAAAAAGAGGCAGUUCUCUAUCCACCACACACGAGCUCAUCGACUCAAGCCAUUCGUCUUGCCGCAUCGCUAUCAAAUCUCCUCCAUCUUCACGUCGAAGCGCCUCCGGGAACCGAGGAUCUCCGAUUCUCUAAGGGGGUUACUUCGCACGAUAUCGAAGAGAAAUACUCUGCCCCGACGAAGUCUCCCAAGGAGGUGAUAUCCAGCAAGUGGCGUGAAAUGCACGGUUCGUCGGAUUGGAAGGACCUCCUCGACCCCCUCCACCCUUGGCUCCGGAGGGAGAUAAUCAAGUAUGGGGAGUUGGCUCAGGCAACCUAUGACGCAUUCGACUUCGACUCCUUCUCGGAGUACUGUGGCAGUUGUAGGUACAAUAAGCAUAAGCUCUUCGACGAGUUGGGCUUGAAACAAAACGGUUACAAAGUCACCGAGUACAUUUAUGCGAUGUCGCACAUGGAGAUCCCAAGAUGGCUGGAGAGGUCCCGGCUGGCGGACACAUGGAGCAAGGAUUCCAAUUGGAUCGGCUACAUAGCAUGUAGCGAUGAUGAGGAGACACGCCGGAUUGGGCGCCGGGACAUCUUGGUGGCAUGGCGGGGCACGGUGGCUCCGUCGGAGUGGUAUGAGGACUUCCAAAGGAAGUUAGAGCCAAUUGGCCAUGGAGAUGAUCAUCAUGCUAGGGUAGAGCAUGGGUUCCUAAGCAUCUACACUUCCAAGAGCAAGUCAACAAGGUACAACAAGUCGAGCGCGUCGGAGCAAGUGAUGAGUGAGAUACGCAAGCUCGUGGAUCUCUAUAGAGACAGAGGAGAGGAAGUGAGCCUCACCAUAACCGGCCAUAGCUUAGGAGGUGCAUUGGCUCUCCUCAAUGCUCAUGAAGCUUCAUCCACCAUCCCAAACCUCCCCGUAAGUGUCAUAUCCUUUGGUGCACCAAGAGUUGGGAAUGGUGCAUUUAGAGAUGAGCUACACCAAAAGGGGGUCAAAACCCUAAGAGUAGUAGUGAAGCAAGACAUGGUCCCAAAAAUGCCAGGGCUUGUUUUCAAUGAAGGAUUGGAGAGGUUCGAUGAGCACAUAACUGGGGCAUUGGAGUGGGUGUACACUCAUGUUGGGGCUGAACUGAAGCUGGAUGUCCAAUCGUCGCCUUACUUGAAACAUGGGUUGAACUUCCUAGGGUUUCACAUGACGGAGACUUAUCUCCAUCUGGUGGAUGGGUUUCUAAGCACAAGGUCCAAUUUUAGGGUAGAUGCCAAGAGGGAUGUGGCUUUAGUUAACAAGGCAUGUGACAUGUUGGUGGAUGAGCUGAGAGUUCCUCACUCAUGGUACCAAUUGGCCAACAAGGGUCUUGUGUGUAAUGAGUAUGGAAAAUGGGUCAAGCCUAGAAGAGACCCUGAAGACAUACCUUCUCCCAUUGAAGGAGCACAAAAGCACAGCCUUAAUAUUGAGGAGGCCCAAAAAGGCCGUGAAAGACUUGUACACUUGCAGAGUCUUUAAAUGAUGUAGAGAGAUUCUUUUAA